AUGAGCCAAGAUGGGUCGCCGCUGGUCGAGAAACACGAUGCGCCCGUCGCUCUGACACCUCACGAGCACGCGCGACAACUGGUCCGUCUGAUCCAGUGCUCGCAGUGCUCCAGGCCUUUCCGGAAUCCGGUCACAUUGCCGUGCGGUAAUUCGCUGUGUCGACAAUGUCUCCCGCAGGCUCUGGAGCGGGAAGGCAUUUCGUAUCCAGAUUUGCCCGAACGUCGUCAUGGAUUUCAGUGUCCGUUCGAGGACUGUGGUCUACAACAUCCGGCUUCGGAUUGCAGUAUUGACGUCACCUUGUCCAAACUUAUGGAAUCAAUCGCGGAAGUCGUGGCGAAAUACAGCUCGAUGACGGGACAUUCACAAGCCGUUGCGGAGGAAAGCGGUCGGUGGGAUGAAGUGAUGAGCUCACAACCGUCGUCGGAAAAGCCCCAUCUCCAUGAGUGUCCGGGUGGAAAACUGGUUGCGACCUACCGUCUAGCAGCGGAAGGCCAUCUCGAGUACAACAAGGACUUGACUUAUGAAGACAAUCUCGCCGACCGAGAUAGCAGCGCGGCACUGGACCUCAACGUCUUUUCAGAUCUCCUGGAAUCGACACAAAAAGAGGUCGAUUGCCAAGUCUGCUACAGUAUCAUGCUGGAUCCAGUCACCACCUUCUGCGGCCACACUCUUUGCCGGAAAUGCAUGGCUCGCGUGUUCGAUCAUUCUCUCCACUGCCCGGUCUGCAGAAGGGAACUCGCUAUUCCUCCGUCUCUCGUGAAGCAGCCCAGCAAUAAAGCGUUGGUCAGCUUGCUGAAUGGCCUAUGCCCGGAUACGAUCGCGGCGAGAGCAGAAGCGAUGGCAUUAGAAGAGAGAGGCAGCGAUGGACGAUCGAACGUCCCGCUCUUCGUCUGCACGCUGGGCUUUCCCAAUCAACCCACGUUUCUGCGAAUCUUCGAGCCCAGAUAUCGACUCAUGCUCCGGCGAGCGAUGGAGGGUAACCGAGAAUUUGGCAUGCUCAUGUACAACCGCUACAACGAGCCUCAAGGAAGUCUGGGGACCGUCCACUUCUACCAAUACGGAACGAUGCUGCACAUCAUCCACGCACAAGUACUUGCCGACGGGACUAGCUUGAUCGAAACGCAAGGCAUGUACCGUUUUCGAGUGAAGUCGUCAGAUACUCUCGAUGGUUACCUCAUCGGCGAAGUGGAGCGCUUGGACGAUGUCAACCUCGCCGAAGAAGAGCGAAUCGAGGCUGAAGAGACCGCGGUUCCAGCCAGCACGGAAGAGGACAUGGCGUCGCAAAUCAAUCGCAUGUCUACACAAGAUCUGUUCGCAUUCAGCAAGGAAUUCAUCGUGAAGAUGCAAGCUCGAAGCGCAAAUUGGCUGCAACAACGCGUUCUGGACAUUCACGGCCAACCCCCGGAUGAUCCGGCUUUAUUCGCGUAUUGGUUCGCCAGCGUUUUGCCGAUUAGUGAUGAGGAAAAGUACAAGUUGCUGGGUACGAGGACUGUGCGGGAAAGGCUGAAGAUUACGGCGACAUGGAUUCGUCGGAUUGAGUCACAACGAUGGUGA